GAACAUAUGAUGAAUCAUUUAUUAAUGAUACACCGUUAAGAAUAAUGUGGUCAGGACCAGAACCGAACGAUGAUCAUAUAUGGAGAACAAAUCAUUUCGUACCAUUACUUUCCACAAAACAAUAUCACGAUUCCUCAUUACAUCAACCAGCAACAAUAACAACACAUAAUAUUAAAUCAUCAAUUCAAAUAGGUCCGGAAUUGGAAACUGAAGAUCAAUGGAAAGAAGAACCAUUAAAAGAACGUGAAAAUUCUCCUAUUCAAAAACGUACGGUAGCAACAACAAUAAAACAAGUAUUUGAUGAUGCAUCACAUGUGAUUAAACAAAUUAUAAAUAUAGCAAGUGGAAAUAUUAUUGAUAUCGUACCACCAAAACUUAUCAGAAAAAAUGCAUCGUUCGUUAUAAAAUAUACAAACGAAAAUAAACAAUCAUUAGGCAAAGAUGGUAAUGGAGUCUGGAUUCAAAAUAGUUCAGCAGAAACAUUAUUUGUAUUGAGUAAAAGUAACAAUUAUCAGAUCGUACGGCAAGGUAAACAUGGUAAAUAUUAUUAUAACGAAAGAAAUGGUAGAAAAUAUGUACCUCAUAUUGUACAAGAAAAUGAUGUUAUAAAACUUAAUAGAUUAUAUGCCACGAAUAAAUCAGAUCCAAAUUUACGCCGUAUGAUUUGUUACACCACCAAAAAUAUAGAUACAGAACAUCUUCCAAUAUUUUUACAAUAUAUUUCACCGACCCCAUUGAUUCAAACACCAGUAAUAAUGCCUCAUGGAAAUUCAACGAAAUUAUCUCGACCGUUUACAUCUACUGAACCAAGUGUAAUUGCUAAUAUACAUCAAGCAUAUUCACAACAAAAGAAACCAUCAGCGAUAUAUAAGAAAAGUAUUACUAAUGCUCAAGACACAGAAAUACCAUCAUUAACGACUAUACGUGAUCGCAAACAAAUCUAUAACACAAAAAUACGGAAUUUAACUAAUGCUGAAGAAUGUUUAGCAAUCAUGAGACGAUUAGAGAAGAGUGACGGUGUGGUGGCUCAUUUAUCAAUGAAUCGUGGAGAAAGUCCGGUGAUUAUACUAUCAUACAAUUAUCAG